CAUAGGGGCGCCCUGCCACCGCUGCCUCUUGUCCACCGGAGCGGAGAUCCUGCCCCUCUGGUAAGAUCGAUCUGCUCCGUCCUCAUCCCGCCACCGGUCUCUCUCUCUCUCUCUCUCUCUCUCUGUCUCUCGGCUUCGGCUCUGGCUCUGGCUCUGGCUCCAUCUCCAUCCCUAACCCUAACCCUAGCCGCCGCCCCAAUCUCCUGGUAGCAGCUGUUACCUUGUUGAGACCCCAAAAAAGAAGAGAAGAGAAGCUCGAUUAACGCUAGCUAGCUCCCCUCCCAGAAGAACUCCGGCCAUCUCUUUGGACGGACAGCUGAUACAGCCAGGCCAGCCAUGGAUAAUAUCACCCAUAUUCUAAAAGAUGCUCAGGAUCCGGAUGACAACGUAAGGUUAGAAGCAGAAGCCAAACUCAAGCAGCUCGAGGAGCGUAAUCGUCCCAACUUCCUCCUAUGCUUAUCAGCAGAGCUCUCGAGGGAGGCAAGUCCACCCGAGUGCAGAUGCCUCGCUGGGACUAUCCUUAAGAAUUCAGUUGAAGGAAAGUAUUCUGAACAUAACAGCAUACUCAUCAAACAAUGGAUCAGCCUGGAUCCACGCAUCAAAACUGAGAUUAAGGAGUCAUUGCUGAUGACACUAGGAUCUUCGGCUCCUCAGGCAAGGCACGCAUCAUCACAGAUUAUUGGCAGGCUUGCAUACAUUGAGAUACCCUCCCGGGGAUGGCAGGACCUCAUUGGCAGAUUGCUGGGCAACAUGGCACAGCAGGGCGCAUCUCCUCCACCAAAGCAAGCAAUUCUAGAGGCGCUGGAGUAUGUGUUUGAGGAGGAGACCUUGAGGUUCGACAAGGAUACAAUUGAUGGUGUUCUGGACGCCGUCAUCCGUGCGACGAGUUUUCAAGUCCGUCUUGUGGCGGUUAAAGCUCUACGGAAUGUUCACAAGUUUGCUAACUUUGCAAAUGAUGAUGAUUGCAGAAAUCGUAUAAUGACUGCAAUCUGUGAUGCAGCUAAAUCCGAUGAAGCAGCGGAGGUCAAGCAUGCAGGAUUCGGCUGCCUUGCUGCGAUUGCAUCCAACUAUUAUAUGGAGUUAGAACCUUACAUGGAACCAUACUCAGCCUUACAACUCAGGCUUUGGACUUGGAAGGAGUUUGUCGAGGGUAACAUCAAAGUGGCAGAUUGGCGGAGUCGCAAGACAGCUAUUUCUGUACUAGGCGUUAUCCUUGAAGGGCCCUCUAUUAAGAAACUCGCUCCUGGUUGGUUGGUUGAUGGACGGGAUGGAAGACUCACACAUGGAGCUCUUGAUAAAAGACUUUUCACAAAUGAAGACUUUCCUCGCGUCAUGGCUGCGUUGUCAAAGAGUGGUAAAGAUGUUCCACAAGUGUCCAAGGAGGUCUAUGGAGCUAUAUAUUUUCUUGCCCGAGGUUAUGAUCAGUCAAUCUCAUCUGAGGUAGACCUUUCAAAAAAGAAAAUCUCAUCUGAGCUUUCACCUUUUCUUACUGGUGUUAUCGAUGCUCUCCUUUCUGCUUCGGAACUUGAUAAGAAGACCCCUUUGGGGCUUCCAGCAUCUGCAUCUGCUUAUGGCACAUUGAUUGAGGCUGUGAGAGUAAUCAACAUAUGGGAUUUGGAAGCUGUACUAGCUAUUAUAGUUUUAAUGCAUCGUAUCAUGAGAAGAUUAAACACCGCGCUUGAUGCCAAGGCAAUUUCAUCAGAUGACAAGACUAACAAGCACAAUCUUCAGGCGUUGUCGUGUGAUGUACUGCACGCCAUAAUCGAGAAACUCGGCAAUUCACUUCACGCGGACAAGGUUAGGGAGUCUGCUCCGUUUAUGUGUCUUCAGUUUUGCCGUGUCCUGACCUGCGACUGCUCUACUGCACGUGAUAAAGCAGCACUCGCCAUUGGUGCUCUCGCUCGUGCCGUCGGUCCAAAGUUUCUGGAUUGCAUGCCAAUAUUUUUGCAGUAUUACAGUGUGAAGCUAUUCUACCCAAUCUAUUUAGAGGUGAUUUGCACUAUCUUUCAUGCCUUGGGAGAUGAAAUCCUGCCAUGCUGUGAUUAUAUGAUGGGUGUUCUUUACAAAGGUCUCUCACAACCCAAGCUUAAACCUCAAAUUUUGGCAUGUUUUGGGGAGAUCGCUCUUGCUAUUGGCAAGAUUUUUGAGGACAAGUACCUGCAGGCUGUUAGGAAAAAGCUGAAAGAAGCUGCUAACCCAAGAUAUUAUGCCAAUGUUUUUGAUGAGGAUAAGGUCGAUUACGGUAUCCAGCUUAGACAGGGAAUAUGCAAGGCUUACUCUGGCAUACUGCGGGGUAUAAAGGACCCAAAAUCUGGGUUGAAGGUAGCAGCGGAUCUAGUUGAGUUCAUUGAAGCAGUCUCCAAGGACCAGAAGAGGGGUGGAAGGGUGACAUACGCUGCAGUUGAUGCGUGGGCUCAGUUUGGUUUGACGGUGGAGUCAUGGAAAAAGGGACUUAUUUCGGAUUUACAGAGGUAGUAAUAUGAUAUGAGGAACUCGAUUUGCUUCUUCUUUUUUGGCAUCUUGCCACAGAUGCAUGGAAGGACAGCAGCUUGAUGUGUGUGGCGUUGGUAGUAUGAUGUAUUUUGGUGGCAAUUGGAUGGACAGCCAAACUGAACUCAGUCUAGUGGUCGCUGUCGUUCAGCUAGUGCCCAGCUGAGCAGAGCAGAGUGGAUUAUUGUGAUUUUUAGG